AUGCGGAUUGCUGCAAAGAUAGAUAGUUCGAAAAUUCCUAUCGUCCAAUCAGAUGGCGAAUAUGGCCGUGGCUGCCUAAAUGCAAGCUGCAUCCUUGUCCUUCAGCCGCACCACUUAGGCCAUCGCCAAAAUAACUGCUGGCGGACUUUAACCGUGUCUGACAGGGGGAAAUUCGCAAUCCAAGAGUUCACGGAUUAUGAGUUACCGCCCUACGCUAUUUUGUCACAUACCUGGAGUAAAGAGGAAGUUACUUAUCAGGAGAUCAACGCGGCCGGUGCGAAGAAAAAGAGCGGAUAUGACAAAAUCACACAAUGCUGCUCAGUAGCUAGGGCGAGUGGGUACGAGUACGUCUGGAUAGAUACCUGUUGCAUCGAUAAGACAAGCAGUGCGGAGUUGUCCGAGGCAAUCAACUCCAUGUAUCAAUGGUACCAAAAGGCUGAGAUAUGCUACGCAUAUCUUGCGGACAUACGAUCUGAAGGCGAAAUUGCCAAGAGUAAAUGGCUUACCAGAGGCUGGACACUUCAAGAGCUGAUCGCACCAUCAAGGGUGGUAUUCCUGAAUGAGGAAUGGAGAAUGCUAGGAGAUAAAGCACAUCUCCAGGACAAAAUUGCUGAAUACACUGGCAUUCCUCCCAGCAUCUUGUCGGGAGAAGAAGAUCUUGAAACGUCUAGCGUCGCGCAGAGAAUGUCGUGGGCUGCGAAAAGACAGACGUCAAGAGUGGAAGACCGUGCUUAUUCCCUAAUGGGAAUUUUUAGCGUCAAUAUGCCAUUGAUAUAUGGGGAAGGUGAGAAUGCCUUUAUCAGACUUCAGGAGGAAAUCAUGCGGAUCUCAGACGAUCAGAGUCUUUUCGCGUGGGGAUCUUCUGAUGAUCGCGGCGGGCUUCUUGCCACUUCCCCUGACGCGUUCGCCCAUUCCUACGACAUUGUUAGAUCCAAUCCGUUUGGCACUCUUGACAACCCUUUCACUGUUAGUAGCAGAGGAGUUCAGUUAGAUCUCGGCUUCAGAGGAAUCGGAGGCGGAGGCCUAGGUCUCGCAAUUCUUUCCUGUGCUAGAAAAACACGGCAAGAUAAUUUAAUUGCCAUAUACCUACGAGACCUGUCUUUAAGUAUGAAUCUGUUCAAGAGGGUUCAGAGCAGAUAUCUUAAAGAAAUCGACCCCAGAACCUUCCGACCAGCCCAAUAUCCUGUGAGAAGGCUUGUUGUCCAAGGCGGACGCAAGAUGCUCAUACAAAAGCGAAUCACCGUAGAACAAGCCUGUAUCUCUCAAGAACAGGUUUAUCUCGUUGACGAGCUAAGACCACCAGAGCAACCCAGACAACCAGCAGCAUUGUUAACGGACGCAAGAACAGGAGACGUGGAUGGUGUAUGGCUGCUUUUGACUCAAAGUGACGUCAAGAUAGACAUGACCGAUCAGAACAGUCGAACACCACUACUACUGGCUGCAAAGAAUGGACAUGAAAAAAUUGUCAAGAUGCUUCUUGAGAAAGGCGCCGCAACUGAGGCUCAGGAUUCGGGCAAUCGGACACCACUAUCACUGGCUGCAGAGAAUGGGCAUGAAGGAAUCGUCAAGAUACUUCUUGAGAAAGGCGCAGCCACUGAAAAUGAGAAUUUAGGCAGUUGGACACCACUAUUAAUGGCUGCAGAGAAAGGGCAUGAAGGAAUCAUCAAGAUGCUUCUGGAGAGAGGUGCUGCAACUGAAACUAAGAAUCGGGAUGGUCGGACACCACUAUCAAUAGCUUCAGCAAAGGGGCAUGAAGGAAUUGUCAAUAUACUUCUAGAGAAAGGUGCUGCUACUGAAAUUCAGAAAUCAGGCAGUCGAACACCACUAUCACUGGCUGCAGAGAAUGGGCAUAAAGGAAUUGUCAAAAUGCUUCUCGACAGAGGCGCUGCAACUGAGACUGAGAAUCGGGACGGUCGGACGCCAUUAUCAUUGGCUGCAGAGAAUGGGCAUGAAGGAAUUGUCAAGAUACUUCUUGAGAAAGAUGCUUCCACUGAGAUUCAUGAUUGGAAAAGUCGGACACCUCUAUUACUGGCUGCAGAGAAAGGAUAUGAAGGAAUUGUCAAGAUGCUUCUUGAGAAAGGCGCUGCUACUGAAAUAUAUGAUGGGAAACGUCAGACACCACUGCUACUGGCUACAGUUAAUAGACAUGAAGGAAUCAUCAGGAUGCUUCUUGAGAACGAGAAAGGAUAUGAAGGAAUUGUCAGGAUGCUUCUUGAAAGAGGCGCUACAAUUGAAACUAAGAAUAAGGAAGAUCAGACACCACUGAUACUGGCUUCAACAAGGGGGCAUGAAGGAAUUGUCAAGAUGCUUCUCAACAGAGGUGCUACAAUUGAAACUAAGAAUAAGGAAGAUCAGACACCACUGAUAUUGGCUUCAGCAAGGGGAAAUGAAGAAAUUAUCAAGAUGCUUCUUGAGAGAGGUGCUACAGUUGAAACUAAGGAUAAGAAAGGUCAGACACCACUGAUACUGGCUUCAGCAUCAGGGCAUGAAGGAAUUAUUAAGAUGCUUCUUGAAAAAGGUGCUACAGUUGAAACUAAGGAUAAGGAAGGUCAAACACCACUGAUACUGGCUUCAGCAAGGGGGCAUGAAGGAAUUGUCAAGAUGCUUCUUGAGAGAGGUGCUACAGUUGAAACUAAGGAUAAGAAAGGUCAGACACCACUGAUACUGGCUUCAGCAAGGGGGCAUGAAGGAAUUGUCAAGAUGCUUCUUGAGAGAGGUGCUACAGUUGAAACUAAGGAUAAGAAAGGUCAGACACCACUGAUACUGGCUUCAGCAUUGGGGCAUGAAGGAAUUGUCAAGAUGCUUCUUGAGAGAGGUGCUACAAUUAGAACUAGAAAUAAGGAAGGUCAGACACCACUGAUACUGGCUUCAGCAUUGGGGUAUGAAGGAAUUGUCAAAAUACUCUGUGAGAGAGGUCCUGCAAUGUGA